UGUUUCGUCCGCUCCCACACGCCUUGACCUGACUGUCAGCCGGCGGGCCUCGCCCCUCUCGCCGCCCUGCCGGUGCGUUCCUGUCUCGGGCGGAGCUUGAGGCGAGGCGGAAGCGGCUGGGCUCUGGCGGAUGGCAUGGCAGGCACCAGCGGCAGCGGCAUGGUCGGCACUGAGCACCUGUUUAAGGUGCUGGUGAUCGGGGAACUGGGUGUCGGCAAGACCAGCCUCAUCAAGCGCUACAUCCACCAGCUCUUCUCCCAGAACUACCGCGCCACCAUCGGCGUCGACUUCGCCCUGAAGGUCCUGCACUGGGAUUCCAACACUCUGAUCCGCCUCCAGCUCUGGGACAUCGCAGGUCAGGAACGAUUCGGGAACAUGACAAGGGUUUAUUACAAGGAAGCAGUUGGAGCUAUUGUAGUCUUUGAUGUAUCUCGGCGGUCAACAUUUGACGCUGUUCUGAAAUGGAAAAGUGACUUGGACAAAAAUGUGAAGCUGCCCGAUGGGAAGCCAAUCCCUGCCGUGCUUUUAGCAAACAAGUGUGAUCAGCAGUGGGACGGUUUGGAGAAUAAUCCCACCUCAAUGGACCGCUACUGCAAGGAAAAUGGUUUUGUAACUUGGUUUCAAACUUCGGCAAAGGACAACAUAAAUGUUGAUGAAGCUAUGAAAUUCUUGGUGGGGAAUAUUCUGUCCAUCGAAUGCAUCCACCAUCUAUCAGAGGACACCAAUGCAGACGAUAUAAUUAAAUUAACGGAGGGUACUGAAGAGUCUGAGAGCAAGUCACAAUGCUGCUAACACACCAUGUUUGUCUUCUACAACUGUCUAACUAUCCAUUUUGGAAAGCACAAUAUCCGGGUGACCGUUCCUACACAACGAUGAACUUGGAUGAUUAUUAAACAAAACUAAUGGGCAGGAGCAUGAUUUAGGCUAACAUCUAUUUAAAAUGAAAAUAUUAUCAUAGUUUUAAUUAAAAGUGGAAUGGUAGAAUGGUAAGAGUAAUACAUUCUCCAUUUUUGUAUUAUGCUUUUGAAAUAACUUUAAAAUAUACUUAUUUUGUCAGUUUUUCAAGAAGAAUCUAUUUUGUGUAGUCUAUCUCGUGUUAUCUCAGUAUUUCUGGUCUCAGGUGCCUGCUUCUGACCAAUUCAAAGACAGGAGAAUAGGGUUGAGAGGGAAAAUAAAUCAGUCACGAUCAAAUGGCAGAGCAGACUUGAUGGCCUAAUUGUGGUCCUAUGUCUUUUGGUCAAUAGCAGUAUUUUACUUAAGUUUACUAAACGGUUUAAGAUGUGGCACAGUUGUUAUGACAUCCUGUGAAAUGUGUUGUAAACCUGGUGAGAUGCUUCAAAUAUGGGUUUUAUGCAAUACUUGUCACUACAGCAAAUUCACAUCUUCCUGGAGUAUCCUGGCUUUAAUGGUUUGUGAAUUUCCCAAAUUCUUGGCUGCAGCAGCUCAUGGCUGUUAAUUUCAAUCUGAUAGUCAACAGAAGUAGGUAGGAAUUUACUGGUAUUCAAACUCUCAGGUAUAGUCCCACUUACUCACCCUCCCAAGCACAAAGACCAUCUCCUUCCAUGUUUCAUUAGUGUCUGUCACUGCUCUGUGUUUAACCUGCCUUCUUCUGACGCCCUCACCUCUCUGAUUGUUGUUUCCAGUCUUGACGGGAAGUGAAUGUGGCUGAUUGUUUCUGUGCUUAUAAAUCUGAUAAACUUCAACCGAAGUGACCUUGACUUGAACUAACCUAGCACGCACCAUUUCCUCGUUCCACAUCUUGUACAGGCUUCCAGUGUACUUGAAGUGAAAAUUUUUAUCCUUGCAAUCAGAACUUUUGGUAGCUUCUAUAUCUCUCUAUUUCUUUAUCCCAAAAUCCUGCAUUCUCCCAAUUCUAGUCUCUUAGUAGCUUUCACCAACUUUUGAGUGCAAAUGAAGGCAUUUGUACUUUCAAAUACCUGGGCUUUGAGCACUGGAAGUCUCUCCUUAAAAAUUAUCUUCUCCCUAAGAAAAAUCUGCCUCAAGGGUAUCCCUGUGUACUUUGUGCCUUUUCAAACGUGUAGUUUGAAACUCUCAGAGAGUCUCUAUUCUGCACAGAGUCAGAGAGAGGAAGGUGACAGUCCGACCUCGGGAAACUGGAGGAGAAAGCAUAAAGUCCUAGGGCAUGGGAACAGUCUAGUCAGCCCACUGUCCACUGGGACCAUGACAUGCCCAUUAACACUUAUCCCAUCAGUCUCCCAUGGAUUCUAUCCCUCAGCCACAGACCAGGGUAAUUUACAAUGGCUAAUUAACCCUAAUCCCAUCAGUUUCCCACAGAUUCUAUCCCUCAGCCACAGACCAGGGUAAUUUACAAUGGCUAAUUAACCUACCAACUCACGUCUUUGGGACGGAGCAGAAACUGAAGCACCAAGUGGUCACAGGAGGAACGUGCAAACUCCACAUUAACAGCAUUGAAAAUCAGGACUGGUCCCAGUUCACUGUAAGGUAACAGCCCUGUCUGUAGGCAGUCCAAUGCAGAAAAAAAAGAAGGGGCGAACAAAAAAAGUCUUACGGCAGAUUACCAUUGCCUUUCCUGAACUAUAGUCUCUGAGAGAGCAGUGAACCUCAUGUAAUAAGGGUGAACCUUCUGUUAGCCACGUGUCCUCUUGCCAGCAUUUGACAAUCCCUUCAUAGCAUUUCUCUACCAGCCACUUACAUGGAUCAGAAACUUAAAAUAAACCACACAGUGCUCUAGAUAAGAUCACAUAUUGAAUUUCAGCACAGUGCCUUGGACAUUCUGGAUAGGUAAAGAACAGGGAAAUGACAUAAAGCCACUUGGAACAGAUUGGGUGGAGUGAAUGUUUGCAUCAUAUUUGCUAUAAGUACAAUGUCUGUUUAAAGGAAUUACAUGAGUUUGUGAAUCUGAAAUACCUACCAGUUCUUACAAGCAUGGAUCUUUUCUGGGGUUUACUCAUCCUCAGCUUUAGGCUGACACUUGUUCACAUCAUUGUGGUGAUAAUGGCAGGGACAGCUUCCACACCCAUGUUGAGGAAUCUCGUUCUCUCUGCCACCCCCCCCCCCACCUAGCACUUUCACUGCUUGUUUUGUCUUGCUGCCCAACUUGCCUAUCCACCGUGAAUGAGCUGCAGUUUCCUCGGCCGAUGCUCCCGUCUCCGUAUCUGAGCAACUGCUGCUGUCCUGACUGUCAGCUCUUGCUAAACCACCUUCACUGUGCUAUAUAACUCCACAUUGAGCUUCUGAGCGCUAAUCCUCUCCAUCACAACCUCUGGCUUCUUUCACCUCCAUAGCAUCAAUCAUCUGCCUAUCACAGCAAAUUAGUUCCAUUCAUCCAACCUAUCAAGACUCUUGGCCAUUAUUAAAUACUUCAAUUAGACCUCCUACUAUUCUUGUAUAUUCAAGAGCAUACUCAUAAUUUAAACCUUUCAGUUCAGGGAUAAUUGUGGUGAAUUUAUGCUGUGGCCUCAAUGGCACCAAAAUAUAUUCCUCAAUCCGCAGCACUGAAAACUAAAUUCACUAUUCAAGAUGAGGCCUAAGCAGAGCUUUAUACUGCUGCAAUACAAUGUCCACUCUUUUAUGUUCCAGAACAUUUGAAAUUAAGGCCAGCAUUCUGUUAUCCAUUUUAAAAAUGUAUAUAUAUUUUUGAUGCCUGCUAGUUUUAAAAACAUUUCUGGGUUCUGAAAUGUCUUACUUUUUGGAAACUAUUCUGAUUUAUCUUAGGUUCAAAACAAAUGAGCUCCCACUUUGAAUUCCAUUUAGCACUGCUCAGUCUAUCAAUGUCCAAUGUCUUGUGCCUGGCACACAAUUUACUGUAUCACCUACUCUAAUGUCAUCAGCAAACUUAAAUGCAAUGCUUUUGGUUGCUUUAUCUUGGUAUGACUAUACUGACAGUGCAGCUCCUGACAAGCACCAGCAGCCAGUCCUUUCAGAUUGGGUGUACUCCCAGUAUGUUUACUAUCUGUCUCCUACUUAUUAAUCAGUUUUCUGUAUCAGGGAGAUACUGGUUCUUUUAUUAUGCAUUCAUUUUUCUAAACAAUUGUUCACGUAGAACCUUAUUAACUGUCUUUUGGAGGUCUGUAUAAAUCACAUUCAUAAGUUUUUCCUCCCCUACUGUUUCUAAGGAAUUAAACUCAAGUCGUUUUGUAUGAAUUGUAAUUGAAAAUCCAUUCUGGCUGUUAAUAAUUAGUGGAAAAUAACAAGUUAUUCUAUCCUGAACAGAUUCUGGUUACUUUCCCCAUAAUAAAUGUCUAUGCUAAGAAGUAUUUAAUUACUUUUAUUUCCAUUUCCCUUAAAAGAAGACUUAGGUUAUUUCAAUAAUACAGUUUUUGCUAGUGAUCCUUGUCAUCUGGGAGGAGAGAAGCAGCAGGAAAUGGGAAAUCCAAAACUGCACUAUCUCCAGCGAUUCUGACUUGCAAAUGUAUCACACAGUGAGAAUGUAGGAAAUUGGCAUCUGGCAACAUUGUGGGGCAAAUGUCAAUAACUUCUGGCUUACCAAGCACCACUCUCUAUUUGGUAAUUAUUUACUAUGCACAAAUUGCCUGCUGCUCUACCUACAUUAAAGCAUCGAACACAUUACAAAAUAAUUAAUCAGCUGCAGAGCAAAUUAGAAUGAACGGAAAGAUGCUAUGUAAAUGCACAUGUUUUUUUCACUUUCCUCACGACUCUACUGAGGAGUGAGCUAGGAUUACGUGCUUGACUCCUGGAAAGAGAAUAACUUUAGUUUCUCUACCCUUUAGCUCAAACUCUGUUUCCACUUAAAAACUACAUGUGAUCUAGUUUCACUUUCAUACAGUGGGAGAUUGAUGAUUAUAUCUCAAAAUCUUGCACUUCACUUGUGCUUCCUAUCCAUAAAAGUUGUUUUGUGUUACAAAUAUUAACAUUUUCUGUUAAUGUUACUAUGUUAAUAGGGAAACUGUUGUCAUCUGCAAUUAUGGUGAAAAUACAUAUCCCAGGGUUUAGGGAGGCAAAAUUCUGUCAACUGUUCUGUUUUACCUGCCAUGGUUUAUUGACUGAAAUAGCAGCACUCAAUUUUCUACUUUCUCUUUGAAGUUGUUAAUUCAGUAUUUGAAAAAUCUCAUGAUCUGAGGCAUCUCCAGCAAUGCUACCUGGAAAAAUGACCUCACUUUCCACACUUACAUAGAUGACACCCAACUCCACCUGACCACCACCGAUCCUGGUUCUUCACAGCUAUUAUUUUGUCAUCCAGUACGAAGUGAACUGUAACUUCUAAUUAACUAUAAAAACAGUGAAGAGUAUCUGCACCAUCUCUGCAGAUUGCUAAAUAUUCUAAAGAUUGGAGUAACCACCUGUGGUUGUAGUCUGUAGUUCUCACUUCUACUCCACCUUACGAAAGUUAUUGAGACAACUCAGUCUUUGUGUAACAAUUGACCUUAAGAUGAGCUUCAGAGUACAAUUCUUUGCUAUCAGUCUAAUACCAUCUUUGUAAUACUGCUGAACCCCACCCUACCUUGACUAAACUGCUGCUGAGGUCAUCAGUUGUGGUUUUUUAUACAAAUGUUUGUACAUCCAUUACAGUUCUCUCCUGUCCUGCCUCCCUUGUUCUGCUGCUCAUGAACUAACUAACAGGAAUUGUCACUCAUUCAUCGAUCCUGGUUUUGCUGACUUAUAUUGGUUCCUAGUUAGCAAACACUUUGAUUUUAAGAUGCUAAUCUCUCCAUGGCCAUGCCCUUUCCUAAAUCUGCAGUCUUCCCCCUACCCCUUUAACUCUUAAUUCUCUAAUUUCAGGCUUUGCUUGUCCACAAAUUUGACUGAUCUACCAUUGGUGGCCAUGCCUUCAGAAACCAAAGCACAAGUCUCUAGAAGUUUCACCCUUGAAUGUCUGUUCCUUUUGCCUCUUCUCCUUCAGCAGUCUCCCAUAAACCAACCUCUUUGAUGAAACUUUUGGACACCUUAAUUUUAUUUGUUUGGUCACACUCCUGUGAAGUGCCUUGGGAUAUCUUGCUGCCUUGAACAGAAUAUAAUGGAAAUUGUUGUAAUACACCCCUGUUAUCUUGUUUAAUAACAUUAAAGUUUUUUAUA